CUCAAGGAACAUAUAGCCAAACACACUUCCGCCGCCCAUCCCCCCCCAACCCGGAACGGUUAGAGCGGAGGACCCGGGGAGGUCGUCUGAAGGCUGUGUACAAGAUGGCGGCGGCGUUGGCGGUUCCCCGCCUGGCCCGGUAUGGAUUGUUUAGUUUUCGACCCAGCACAGCCCUUCAGGUUCAACUGCUCCAUCAGAGUUCGGUGACAGAGACAAGCAGUCCUGUUCCAGAGGGAAAAAAGAGUGGGGCAGUUGUCCCCAAAUCCUCCUCACUCCCAAGCAGCAAGGGAGAAUAUGUGAUCACCAAACUAGAUGACCUUAUCAACUGGGCCCGGCGGAGUUCCUUGUGGCCCAUGACCUUUGGAUUAGCAUGCUGUGCUGUAGAGAUGAUGCAUAUGGCAGCUCCCCGAUAUGACAUGGACAGAUUUGGGGUGGUAUUCCGGGCCAGCCCUCGUCAGUCAGAUGUUAUGAUUGUAGCUGGCACUCUCACCAACAAAAUGGCACCGGCUCUCCGAAAGGUAUAUGACCAGAUGCCAGAGCCUCGUUAUGUAGUCUCCAUGGGAAGUUGCGCUAAUGGUGGAGGAUAUUACCAUUACUCGUACUCUGUAGUGAGAGGAUGUGACCGCAUUGUGCCUGUGGACAUCUACGUACCAGAUGAAGGAGACUGAGAUUCAGAACCAGGAGGGACAUGGCCAGGACUAGCGCACAACUGCACAUACACCCACUUCUUUCUGUUUCUCGUCUCUGGACCUUUGCACUUUCUGCCACUAGUGCCUUCAGGACAUUCCCUUCUCAUCACUGCUUCACUUCCUACAUGAAGCUUGAUACCCAAAAGCCUUCCCUCCCUGACUACCCCAUCUUUAGCUCCCUGAUAGUUACUCUGUCGUUGUGGAUCAUCCGUGGACAGAUAGGCCAGAUAAACUGGGCAUUCCAAAGUGCUCAGACAGCUCAAAGCUUGAAGAGCUACAAAACUGCCCUAAAACUUUUUCAACACGCUGCAUGUGCAUAUGUAGCCUCCUCAAGAGCCAGGAUUGUUCCAUUCUUUGUCCUUGUCCAGUGCCUGGCCCUGAGCAGGCAUAGAAUAAAGGCUUGAGAAUUGGUUCAUCUCCUGUCACCUGCCCGCUGCUCUUUGUGCUUCAUCCUUUCUGGCCUGGCAGCAACGUAACUCUGUGAGUGUCUGUGUCCCCUCAGGCUGCCCUCCCACAGCUGAAGCACUGCUCUACGGCAUCCUGCAGCUCCAGAAGAAGAUCAAACGGGAGAAGAGGCUCAGGGUCUGGUACCGGCGGUGAUGGCCCCUGUCAGCAGGAAGCAGGAAUGAGGCUCUUGGCGAGAAAGGGGACCCGGCCCCUGUUUAUUUAUGAUCUUAUGCCAUGUGAAUGUCAAUAAAAUGAUCCGGAUAAUAGA